GGGGUUCCAUAUUUAGCAGCGCCCAGCGCCCACAGACCAAGGUCUUUGUCCCCUGUCAGUACCGUUAGCCUCGUCUGAGUAGUUGAUGAUAAAUAGUAGUAUUAAGCAGAGCCAUUGUCCGAAAAUCCUUUUUCUCUCUUAAUGCACGAAAAGUACUAGCUUCAACGCGGUAUUUUUUUUCCCCCCUGUAAAUUCUGCGAAGGAAAUCCUGGGAACAUCCAAAAUGCAGAGUUUUCUUCCGAUGUUAUUGGCCUUCGCCACCGUUCUGGUGCUCGUAUCAGGAGUUCACGGUGGUUUGUCCGGGGGUUUCCUCCCUCUGGAACGGGCAAUUCCUCUUAGUCGGCGAGUGGAGCUGGAAGCACUCAGAGCUCGCGACCGAGCUCGGCAUGCUCGAAUGUUGGAAGGUGUAGCAGAUGGUGUUGUCGACUUCUCGGUCAAAGGAAUCUCUGAUCCUUCCACUAUUGGGCUGUAUUAUACAAAAGUGAAGCUGGGCUCUCCUCCAAGAGAAUUCAACGUCCAGAUUGAUACCGGAAGCGACAUAUUGUGGGUUAAUUGCAAUACUUGCGGUGAUUGCCCUCAAUCUAGUCAAUUGGAGAUUCAGCUCAACUUCUUUGAUACAGCCAGCUCAUCCACAUCUGCGCUGAUUUCCUGCUCAGACCCAGUAUGCACUUCCUCAACUCAAAAUGCAGCAACUGAAUGCACCCCUCAGGUUAAUCAGUGCAGCUACUCCUUUCAGUAUGGAGAUGGAAGUGGAACGUCAGGGUUUUAUGUCUCUGAUGCCAUGUAUUUUGACAUGAUCCUUGGGCAGUCUAUGUUGGCAAAUUCUUCAGCUAAAGUUGUUUUUGGGUGUAGUACCUAUCAGUCUGGAGAUUUGACUAAGACAGAUAAAGCAGUGGAUGGAAUUUUUGGGUUUGGCCCAGGUGCUCUAUCCGUUAUUUCACAAUUAUCAUCACGAGGCAUAACCCCCAAAGUAUUUUCUCAUUGUUUAAAAGGAGAGGGUAAUGGAGGAGGCAUACUUGUUCUUGGUGAGAUUUUGGAGCCAAGUCUUGCUUAUAGUCCUCUUGUCCCGUCCCAGCCUCAUUACAACUUAAUUCUUCAAAGCAUUGGUGUUAAUGGACGAAUUCUCCCUAUUAAUCCAGCAGUUUUUGCAACGUCCAACAACCGAGGAACCAUAGUGGAUACGGGUACAACCUUGGCAUACCUUGUUCAAGAAGCAUAUGAUCCUUUGGUCAAUGCUAUAACUACCAUUGUUUCGCAGCAUGCCACUCCCAUCAUUUCAAAAGGAAGCCAGUGUUAUUUGGCCUCAACCAGUGUAGGUGAUAUAUUUCCUUCAGUCACUUUGAUCUUUGCUGGUGGAGCAUCCAUGGUUUUAGAACCAGAACAGUACCUUAUGCGUAGUGAUUUCAUUGAUGGCGUUCCAGAGUGGUGUAUUGGUUUCCAGAAAGUGCAGGAGGGAGUUUCAAUUUUAGGAGAUCUUGUGCUCAAAGAUAAGAUAUUUGUCUACGACUUAGCUCGUCAACGAAUUGGAUGGGCCAACUAUGACUGUUCUCUGUCUGUGAAUGUCUCUGUGACCACAACCAAGGAUGAGUACGUUGUUGCGGGACAGCUGAGUGUGAGCAGUUCAGAGUCAGACAUUCUCGCUAAGUUGCUGCCUUUAAGCAUUGCAGCUUUCUUUAUGCACAUAGCGGUUUUCUGGAAGCCCCAGUUUUUGUGAUCCAAAUACGAGGUUCAAAAUUUCAUUCUUUCUAGCCCACUGCGAAAUUUGGGUUGCUGAUGUUUUUAUUUAUUGUCGGUGAACCCAUCUGAUGAUGUGGUUUGGAAAUUUAGCUGUGUUGGCUCUGUAUUUAUUCUGCUUAGCAUGCUUGCUAUGGGGCAUCUUGUACCCAUCCUGCCAAGAUUAGGAUCUCACUGUAAAGGAGCUCUGUUGAGAACUGCCAGAAUUGUAUAUUAUCUCUCGCGGAUGUAGUUUUACUAAAUCAUACUAAGCGUAUAUAGAAACCACGGAUGGUAUUCGAGGGGGGAAAUGUGCAUCUAAAAUUUCAUUUUUGACACUGGCAGUGCUGUACACCUAUCUUCCCAGCCAUAUCGUGAUCCGCUGAGGCU